UGCUGUUGUCACCCACCGGGCCGCCUGUCCCGCUUGCCCUCACCGCCGCGGGACUGGCCAGGCUGGCCAGGCCGGGGACAGGCGGCCACCUUCUUUCUCAUCACCGCCGCCACCACCGCCAUGCUGGCCGUUCGCCCACCGCACUGGGGGCCCCAUCGCUCCCCAGCCCCCCGUGGGCCCAGCGCCAGCCCUGACCCGGGUCUCAGCGGCGGUGGCAGCCGAGGUGCAGGAUGCGAGAAGGCGCCCCCCGGCCGGGCUCCCGCUCCAGGCCUCACACCCCUGCGGCCCUCUGAGCCCACCAUGGCCGUCCCACCAGGCCAUGGUCCCUUCUCUGGCUUUCCGGGGCCCCAGGAACACACACAGGUAUUGCCUGAUGUGCGGAUACUGCCUCGGAGACUACCCCUGGCCUUCCGGGACGCAACCUCAGCCCCACUGCGCAAGCUCUCAGUGGACCUCAUCAAGACCUACAAGCACAUCAAUGAGGUAUACUAUGCGAAGAAGAAGCGGCGGGCCCAACAGGCGCCACCCCAGGACUCGAGCACCAAAAAGGAGAAGAAGGUCCUGAACCACGGUUAUGACGACGACAACCACGACUACAUUGUGCGCAGUGGCGAGCGCUGGCUAGAACGCUAUGAGAUUGACUCUCUUAUUGGCAAAGGCUCCUUUGGCCAGGUGGUGAAGGCCUAUGAUCACCAGACCCAGGAGCUGGUGGCCAUCAAGAUCAUCAAGAACAAAAAGGCCUUCCUGAACCAGGCACAGAUUGAGCUGCGGCUGCUGGAGCUGAUGAACCAGCAUGACACAGAGAUGAAGUACUACAUAGUGCACCUGAAGCGGCACUUCAUGUUCCGGAAUCAUCUGUGCCUGGUGUUUGAGCUGCUGUCCUACAACCUGUACGACCUCCUGCGCAACACACACUUCCGAGGUGUCUCACUGAACCUGACUCGGAAGCUGGCGCAGCAGCUCUGCACAGCGCUGCUCUUCCUGGCCACGCCUGAGCUCAGCAUUAUCCACUGCGACCUCAAGCCUGAGAACAUCCUGCUCUGCAAUCCUAAGCGCAGUGCCAUCAAGAUUGUGGACUUUGGCAGCUCCUGCCAGCUUGGCCAGCGGAUCUACCAGUAUAUCCAGAGCCGCUUCUACCGUUCACCCGAGGUGCUCCUGGGCACACCCUAUGACCUGGCCAUCGACAUGUGGUCCCUGGGCUGCAUCCUUGUGGAGAUGCACACCGGAGAGCCCCUCUUCAGCGGCUCCAAUGAGGUGGACCAGAUGAGCAGAAUUGUCGAGGUGUUGGGCAUCCCACCUGCGCCCAUGCUGGAACAGGCACCCAAGGCUCGCAAGUACUUUGAGCGGCUGCCUGGGGGUGGCUGGACCCUACGAAGGACAAAGGAACUCAGGAAGGAUUACCAGGGCCCCGGGACACGGCGGCUGCAGGAGGUGCUGGGCGUGCAGACGGGCGGGCCCGGGGGCCGGCGGGCGGGGGAGCCGGGCCACAGCCCCGCCGACUACCUCCGCUUCCAGGACCUGGUGCUGCGCAUGCUGGAAUAUGAGCCCGCCGCCCGCAUCAGCCCGCUGGGCGCUCUGCAGCACGGCUUCUUCCGCCGCACGGCCGACGAGGCCACCAACACGGGCCCGGCAGGCAGCAGUGCCUCCACCUCGCCGGCGCCCCUCGACACCUGCCCCUCCUCUAGCACCGCCAGCUCCAUCUCCAGCUCUGGAGGCUCCAGUGGCUCCUCCAGUGACAACAGGGCCUACCGCUACAGCAACCGAUAUUGUGGAGGGCCUGGGCCCCCCAUCACCGACUGUGAGAUGAACAGCCCCCAGGUUAUACCCUCCCAGCCUCUGCGUCCCUGGGCAGGGGGUGAUGUGCCCCACAAGACACAUCAAGCCCCUACCUCCGCCUCGACAUUGCCAGGGACUGGGGCCCAGUUACCCCCCCAACCCCGAUGCCUUGGACGUCCCCCAUCACCAACAUCACCACCACCCCCGGAGCUGAUGGAUGUGAGCCUGGUGGGCAGCCCUCCAGAAUGCUCUCCACCUCAUCCAGCACCUGCCCCCCAGCACCCGGCUGCCUCAGCCCUCCGGACUCGGAUGACGGGAGGUCGACCACCUCUCCCACCCCCUGAUGACCCUGCCACUCUGGGGCCUCGCCUGGGCCUCCAUGGCGUACCCCAGAGCACAGCAGCCAGCUCAUGACCCUGCCCCCUCCCUGGGGCCCCUCCUGAAGCCAUACCCCCCCCAUCUGGGGGCCCUGGGCUCCCAUCCUCAUCUCUCCCCUUGACUGGACUUGCUGCUACCCAGCUGGGGUGGGUGAGGCCUGCACUGAUUGGGGCCCAGGGCAGGGGAUCAAGGGAGAGGGGUUUUGGCCGCACCCUUCCCACUAAGACUGGACCCUUGGCCCCCUCUCCCCCCUUGUUUUCUAUUUAUUGUACCAAAGACAGUGGUGGUCCGGUAGAGGGGAGAUUGCCCCUCACCCUAGGGCCCUAGGAGGGGGUGGGGGCAGGUAGGGGGAGAUGGCCUUGCUCCUCCUUGCUGUACCCCCCAGUAAAGAGCUUUCUCACA